AUGGCGGCUGGUGAGCUUGCGAGCGUUCUGUGCAAGCUGAAAGAGAGGAUUCAGCUGUCCGAAGGAUACCAAAACCGAACACAGGAAAUGAUCCAUCAGAUCUUGGAGCAGCAGGCGAAGUGGCAGGAACAGCAAGAAGCUAUUCUUCAGCAAUAUGCCACCUUGCAAGAAUGGACGAAGGAUCGUGUGCAGCCGGCAGCGGCUGCAGCUCUCCCAUCGAUCCCGCUUCAGAGAUCUUGCCCUAGUGCUUCCUCAGCACCAAGCCAUGCAAGAUCGGAGCAGAUUUGUUUAGAUGGUCCCCUCCAGGCAUGGAACCGCGAUUUCGGGCAUGCUGAUUUCGAUGACUAUGUUCCUCCAAGCAUUGAACUAGAGAUUUCGCAGCAGGUCAUAGACGAAUCGAUGGAGGACUCAGAGGAUGAUGAUGUCAUGCUGGUAGCAGAUACCCUCACGGAUACUGAAGCGGUGGAAGAUGGAGCCAUGCCGGAGCCGUAUACACAGCCUGCUGCAGACACUCAGGCCUCACAAGAGCGCCUCCUGCAACCCCACAAGCGGAGCAGCCUCGGCAGGCGAUUCGCAAGGUUCCAGCUGGCCGAGAUGUCGACGCAGAGUUCUGAGUUCGACUCGGCACUCUUCCCGUCUGGCCCGUCUGGCAUGAGCAUGGAGGAGGAGAGAGUGCAGCUCCUGGCCGACCUCGAAAAACUGACCGACAGAGAGUGGGAAACCACGUCAAGAGAGAAUGUCAGACCCAGUGGAGAAGCAAAGUGUUUGCAAAAAACGCUGGGCCUCUGUGUGGGUGCACAUUGGCGUGGAAUACCUAUGCCAACUACUGACACGUUCAAAUUUCGCAGGCUGACUAGAAACAUCGUGCAGUACGCGAGAAAGCUCGGGGUUGGGGAGUUUACGUCCAUUCAACUCACCAAGAAUCUGUGCACAAAGCCGCACAGGGACAAAAACAACAAAGGGCCAAGCUGGAUCUUCGGUCUGGGAGAUUGGACUGAAGGCGGUGAGACCUUCGUUCAAGAUGACAGGGGGACUGAGCAGUACGAGUUGCAGGAAGACAUCCCAGGCAUCGGGCCGAAAGGCAGGCUCUUGCGCGGAUUCAAAAAAGACAUCCAUACCCUCCAGCAGUUUGAUGGCACGGAAAUCCACUGCACUGUCCCAUUCAAAGGCACUCGCUAUGCUAUUAUAUUUUAUUCGAUCAAGCGGUCCUACCACAAGACGCCCGCGCUCACUCGGGCUCUGUUGACCUGUCUCGGGUUCAAUCUCCCCGAGCAGAAAUUCGAGGCAAGCCUUUGUUCGGAGGACGAGGAACUUGCCAGGGCUGCCGUCGAGGGGAGGCCAGUGGCAGACGAACCUGGACGUCACAGGCCGCCUGCAGGUCGUCCUAGGCCACUAAAGCGCGCGCAUGAGGAUACGGAGGAUGCCGCGGCGGAGCCACGGGAGCCUUCUGCUGCCGAGCCGGGGCCGCGACAACCUGCGAUGCCCAACGAACCCGAAGUGCAGGAGCGGUGGUCAGAUUCCGAGGUGAAGACUUUGAAAGACAUGAAAUCGCCCACGUACAAAGCAGCCUGGCCGAUCAUCGCAAAGAAACUCCAGAAGAGCGAGGAGUCUGUGAAACGGAAGUGGGAGGAAGUUCGCGACUAG